AUGCCCGAACAUGAAAAGGUCAAUCAUGUGCUGAAGGGCAUAGCCGACGAUGCCUUUAACCUUCUCGUGUACGAGAACUUCACCAGCAUCGUAAACAUCAGAAGACCGUUCCCCGACGUACCCUUAGAUGGUCUUUUCCCCACAUGGAUCAAGGCUGUCUCGCUUUCGUCCCAUUAUCUUUGGACCGAUCAGACAACGUGGCUGUACGACGAGGCGGCUGUGAACGCCUUUUACCGUCUUACCCAGAACACUAUUGUCAUACCGACAGCCAUCAUUCAGCGUCCUUUGUAUUACUACGAGGGUCCACUGGCUCUCAGCUACGGUGGCCUCGGAAUGGUUGUCUGGGCAUGCUUCAUGAUAGGCGGCGCCGUGGCCGUGCCCACACUGGGCCUCACAGCCGACGCCGUGGGAAGGCGGCCAGUGUUAAUCGGCGCCGUGCUCCUGCUUCUGCUAUCCGGUACGGGAGCCUGCCUUUCCAAAUCCCUGGCAGGGUUUGCGGCUCUGCGGUUCGUGUCAGCGGCAUCGUCCGGUGCGCUUGACGUUACCUCGACGGUGCUGCUGUUUGAGUCCACGCCAUCUGGUCCGCGAGCGACUUUCAUGGCUGCCUCCGUGAGCCUGGCCACGGCCCUUUCUCCCGUGUUUGUCGUCGCUGUGAGGGAGAUGUCCUCGACCUGGCGAAUGAUGCACGCCAUGCUACUGGUACCAGCGCUAUUGCUAACGUUCCUGGUGUGCAUCAUCGAGGAGUCGCCCCACUGGUGCCUAUACAACAACAUGUUCGACGACGCCGAGCGCAUCGCCAUGUGGGCGGCUCGUCUCAACCUCGAGGACCCGGACCUCGUGCGCGACCGACUCGACCGAAUCCGCAAGGACGCCGAGUCGCACGGAGACGGUGCGGCGUUCCGGUCCGCGAGGCUUCUACGCUACAUCACGUCGGUGCACAUGCGGUCACGCUGCUUCGCCCUGUUCGGAUGUUGGUUCUUCGUGUACAUCGCCUACUACGCGCGGGACUACGAGAACCUCGCUCCGUGGGUCGGUGAUUUCAUCUGCACGAUAAGAAGUUUUAACUCGGUUUACUCCUGGCUGUGUUCCAAUACUCGCCGUAGACGGCUAAAUAGAUUAGCUAAAGAGACAGCCGAGCUUCAAGCGGCGGAGUGGUUCGUGGUGACCGGCAACUUCCCGGCCAUGGCUGCCGCAUACAGCGUGACGCGGCGGCACAGCGGCUUGCGUUCCGUAGUUCCCCUGUUGGCCGCAUGCUCCAUGAUGUCGGCGCUGCAGUCGGCCCUGGUCGCCAUAGGCGGCCGCUCGUUGCUGCUUAUGACCUACUGCAGCUCCGUGCUCAUUCUCAAUGUCGCCUACGUCGCACUGGUGGUGCACACCGUUGACGCGUUCCCUACUCCAGUGCGAAGUCUUGGAUACUCCGGUGCGUUCAUGUCCGGCCGUAUCGGAGCCAUGAUGGGUGCGCUGUUCCGGGAGUUCGAGUCUAUGCCCCUACCCGUUAGCAUGAUGCCCACGGCUGUGACGUCACUGGGGCUCCUCGCCUUUGCGGCGUCCGCUGUGCUCGUGCCGCCAACUCCGAAGGAGUUGAUCGCGGACGAAGGUUCACCGGUUGUUUUGGACACGUCGGCAGUAGCGACGGUGUCAAAAGGCAGCCCGAUGUCCUGGAGGGUGCACAAGAGGCAGUCUCCUACGGCGUCGCUGCAUUCGGAGCGUAAAUGA